UAACAAUUCCCUGAAAUUUUCAAAACUUUUGGUUUAACAAUCUCUUUCAACUGCUUACGCUCUGCUACCUCCACAGUGUCGCUGCUACCCGCUGCCGCCGCUCGCCUGCUCCUGCGUCCUGCGUCCUGCUUCUGCAUAGCACCAACGAUUUUGGCCACCGCCGCUAAACACCACGCUUCUUUUCUUAGGCGCUAAGGAAAAAAAUUCAGGAGAAUAAACUUUUUCUCUCACACGCUUGCAUCUUCUUCCUUUCAAAGUACAAAUAGCGUCCAUAUAAGCACUCACGCACUCUCCAAUAAGGAUCACCAGCGAAGCAAUCUUCUUCUCCGCCAACAUGCUCCACAACAAGUCCUUUGUCAAGAAAACCAGGGCAGGCAAAGUCAUGAAGCAAGUGCGGGAGCACUACCUGCGAGACGACAUAUACUGCGGCGCACCGUUUUGCACCGUUUGCGAUACUUUGGGUGCUCGCCUCAACGCUUCUCCUUCCACCACCAUUCUCGUCGUGGACACCAAUGUCGUGCUCAACCAGAUUGAUUUGCUGGAGAAUCAGGCAUUCGAUAACAUUGUGGUGUUGUCCAUUGUGUUGGAAGAGGUUAAAAACAAGAAUAUGGCUGUUUACAACCGUUUAAGAGCCCUCUGUAGCAAUGCCACGAAGAAGUUCUAUGUUUUUUCCAAUGAGUACCACAGGUAUGCUUUUUUCUGGCCCUUUUUUAACGACUCACUACUAGUUUGGUGAGAUUAUGUUACACCAUUAUUGUUAUAGAGGAGAGGAAGGAAGAAGUUGAG